AUGCCGAUUUGCAUCGAAUGCCGACACCCAGUCAAGACGUUAUGGACGCAGUACUCGGGCGCCGGCGACCCCUCGAGCGGCCACAACAUCAGGUUGACGGUUUGCAAGAACUGCGGGAGGUUCUGCGACAAAUACGUCGAGCAUGACUUUGUCGUGCUCUUUAUUGAUCUGGUCUUGAUCAAGCCACAGGUUUAUCGACACCUCCUGCACAAUACACUGAUGCGCGAUCAUGAUCAAUUUGAUCCGUCUAUUCUGCGCCUGGGAACGCUGCUGCUCCUCUUUGACGUCUACUUGACGUGGGCGCGCAUCGAGAAGCAGUCGGCACCGGCCCCGGGAAGUCAGGGCAAUCUGGGGAGCCUGGCGCGGCAGCCGAUUGUGUUUCAGUACAUGUUCUUCUUGAUUCUGUGUACCUUUUCUACCCUCGCCUUUCACCUCUCGAUUCGCUUCUUGACAUCCUCGCCCUUCUCGCCCCUCAACCAUCUCGGCCUCAUGCGCACAUACUCGCGGCCGAAUUCGGUUUCUACGGCCCUCCUCGUCAGCUCGUCCACCAAGCUCUUUCCAAUAUUGAUGGUGAUCUGGGAUUACGAUGUGCCCGCUGCAGCGAGGAGUCUAGGAUGGGCGGUCGUGCUGAACAAUGUCGAGGCCUUGAAGAUCCUGCUAGACUGUGGUUAUCCUGCCGCCUUGUUGCUGGCGGCCGCCGGGGCCGUGAGUAGAUGGGUCGUGGGACGCAUGAUCUUGUGGAUGGUUGGGCUUGAAGGGGUUGAUGGGGUGGGCGAGAGUGGUGUCGCAGCUGAUGGACGUGCGCUUCUGGCUGCUGUGCUCUACAUUAGGGAUUGGGCAAGUAGUCUGGCGGUUGGUUGA